CUAGAUUAGAGGAAAAAGACGCUGGGCUCUGGGUAACUUGCUGCUGUUCUUGGUUACUUCCUCAUAUCGGGCUCAGAGAGUGUGAGGGAAUCUGCUGAUAACACCGUCCACGCCUGGAUCCACCCUGUUGUUUAUUUUUAUAAGAGCUUUGAUUUUUUUUUCUUUUGCGCGGUUCUGUGCCCAUAAGAAGGAGGCAGCUUUCGGUUGCCUGACAGUUGUUCCUGCUGGAGUAGUUGCCCAUUGUGUUGCUGAACAGAGGAUGUUGCUGUCCAUGUGUUGUUUCCUGCGCUGAGUUGGCAGGUUGGAUUUUAAGGUUAAAAGUUGUGACAGUUUUUAAUUUCUGGACAUUUACUCGGCAUAAGGAAGACACCGAAGAUUUAUUUUGCUCUCUGGAUGUGAGACUUUGAGCCAUGUUGCUCUUCCUGCUCCUCUUCCUGAAUCUCUGCAUCCAAACUUCAGGACAACAGCAGACGCCUCCUCCUGGUCGCUGUGACGUUCCUCAGAGGUUGGAUGUUUACACCGCCUGCACCUCCUGCGCCGCCUCCGUCACCUCCAGGUGCCCGCGCGGCUCCAGCCAGCUCAGCACCUCCAACUGCAGCUACCUGGUGCAGGUCGGCGGCAGGGAGCUGGAGCUCCCUGGAUGCCACCACCUGUGUGUGAAGAACAUCCUGCAACCGCAGUGCUGCCCUGGCCACUGGGGCCCGCUGUGUCUCUCAUGCCCAAGCUGGUCAGGAAGGAUCUGCAACUACAACGGUGACUGUGUGGAUGGAGACGUCGGCAACGGGACCUGCAUCUGUAAGGAGGGUUUCUCUGGAUUUGCUUGUCAGGAGUGUAAGAAUCCAAAUGCAUUUGGGAAGAAGUGUGAUGAAGAGUGCGACUGCGUCAACGGAGUGUGUAACAAGGGCCCUGACGGUGAUGGGCAGUGCUGGUGUCAGCCUCCGUACACUGGGAGGCGCUGUGACCAAGUGAGCAGAGGGUGCCGCAGGUGCAGCUCCUACUCCUACUGCAAAGGAGAAGCAGAAGACGCCGACUGCGACUGCUUGCCUGGAUACAGGAAGAUGAAGGACAACAGGUGUCUAGCCGCCUGCUCCCAGAGAGACUGCGACGCCAACGCCCAGUGCUCCAAGGAGGCCAGCAACAUCAGAUGCACCUGCAGACCCGGCUACGACGGAGACGGGAAGAUCUGCAUCCCCAAGAACCCCUGCCUGGUCAACAACGGAGGCUGUCCCGCCAACUCCACCGUCUGCGUCUUCAAAGGACCCGACAAGUCCAGCUGUGAGUGCAUGUUGGGCAUGUCGCCUGUAGGCGGCAGCGCUGAGCACGGCUGUCAGCUGGUCUCCGCCUGCACAGCCGUGACCUGCGACCCCACGGCGACCUGCCAGACGGAGCUGGAUGGAAAACCCAGAUGUCUGUGCGAGCCGGGGCUCAUUGGUGACGGACACCGUUGCUACGGUAACCUGAUGGCGCGCCUCAUGGAGCUGGACCAGAGAGGGAACCAGAGGGAGAACCUGACCGGAGCCGUCGCCUUGUUCGGAGGAGGCUGUCCCAUGGUUCUGAGUCAUUCUGGACCCUUCACUGCUUUCUUCCCGCUCCUCAAAGAACCUCUGACUGACGUCAACAAGGAGAAGGUGUGCAGGAACCACCUGGUCCUGGGUCAGCACCUCUACCAGGACCUGGAGGGGCGAGACUUCAGCCUCUACGGCGGCGGAAAGCUGAGAGUCAAAGCCAACAAGAAGUUCAUCCUGCUGAGCGAUCCCAGCAGGCCGUUCACCAUCGUCCAGGCGGACCUGCCCGCGGCUAACGGAGUCAUCCACAUCAUCGACCGGCCAAUCACAGGCAGCCUUCCCGACGGGCCGGCCCGGGACGAGCGGUUUGCUGACAAGACAAUCGGGGAGAUCCUGAGGAAAGAUGAGAAAUUCAACCGCUUCCUGUCUCUGGUAGAUAACUGUGGUUCCCCCCCUCCUCUCCGCGGACCCGGGCCGCUCACCGUGUUCGUCCCCACCAACGAGGCGGUGGACCGGGCCCGAGACGGCAGCAUCCUGUACAUGUUGAACAGCGCAAAGCAGAAACUCCAGGAGCUGCUCAGACAUCACGUCUUCUCGCAGGCUGCCCUCACAGUAGAUGACCUGGUCGCCCUUCCUCAAGUCCGGACGAUGGCCAAUCAGCUGGUCACCGUCUCUGCCUCCGACACUGGGGAAGUCCUGCUGGGGGAGAAGGGAAUCCGCCUGGCCGGCUCCGACAUCAUGGCCUCCAACGGCGUCAUCCACAUGAUCGACGGGCUGCUGUACCCGCCCUCCAUCCUGCCCAUCCUGCCGCACCGCUGCGACGUCACAAAGAGCAAGAUCACCCUGGGUCCCUGUAUUCACUGCAGCUUCCUCGACCAGACUGCGUGUCCUGAAGGCACCGUGGAAAUGGAGAGUCAUCAGAUCGGCUGCGACUACGCGAAUCUUCCUUUUGGACAAAUCCACAACAAAGGCUGUGCCAAAUACUGCAACGCCACCAAGCCGGUGGCGCAGUGCUGCAGCGGGUUCUACGGUCCGGACUGCAAGCCAUGCAUCGGAGGCUUCCAGCAUCCCUGCUACGACAAAGGAACGUGUCUCGACGGUAUCCAUGGUAACGGCUCCUGCAGCUGUCACCCGGGGUUCAAAGGAAUCGCCUGUCACAUCUGCUCGGAUUCGUCCAAACAUGGAGAAAACUGUGACGAAGAGUGUCGCUGCGUCCACGGCCUGUGCGACAACCGGCCCGGCAGCGGCGGCGCGUGUCGGAGGGGGUCGUGUUCGGACGGGUUCUCUGGAGAUUACUGCGACCGGACGGCCACGCCCUGCAACGCAGACGGCCUGCUGGCUCACUGCCACGUCCACGCCUACUGCACACACUCCGGCCUCAACUACAGGUGUAUCUGCAGGGACGGAUACGAAGGCGACGGCCACUCCUGCUCUCCCAUCAACCUGUGCCUGAAGAGCAGCCGCGGCGGCUGCGACGCCAACGCCGAGUGUGUGUUCGUGGCUCCUGGUAACGUUUCGUGUGUGUGCGCCGAGGGAUGGAUGGGCGACGGGACGGUCUGCGUGGAAAUCAACAACUGUGAGCUGCAAGAGCGGGGCGGCUGCAGCCCCAACGCCACCUGCAACCACAUUGGACCGGGACAGAGCGAAUGCGUUUGUAAAACUGGUUACAUGGGAGACGGAAAGGUGUGCGACUUCAUCAAUCCCUGCCUGAUCCACAAUGGAGGCUGCCAUGACCUGGCCAAGUGUAAGCUGCAGGAGGGCGGCGUUCACACCUGCACCUGUAUGGACGGCUACGGCGGCGAUGGGAAGCUGUGCUACGGGUCGCUCCUGGACGAGCUGGACAUGAACUUCAAGUUCUACAACUUCUACAAGCUGAUCCAGAAGUCCAGAAACUCGGAGGACCUGAGUGGGAACCUGACCGUUCUGGUUCCGUCUCGGGAAGCCAUGAGGACUCUGAGCACAGAGGAGAACUCGUUCUGGACCAGCCGGCACUUCCUGCCCCACUUGCUGCGGGCCCACAUCCUCCCUGGCAUUUACUCUCUGGAGGAUCUGGACCGCCUGGUGGGACACUGCCUGCCCACUCUGGACCCGGCCAUCCAGUGGGACAUCAGGAACGUCAGCGGGACGCUCCACAUCGGAAACGCCUCCAUCAUCAGACACAACCAGCCUGCCAUCAACGGCUACAUCCACAUCAUCGACUGGGUUCUGCUCCCGGCCCGUUCAGGCCUCCCCCCCGAACCGCCCACCCUCAUGGCAUUCCUCAACUCGUCCUCCAGCUUCUCUCUCUUCAGACGGGCCGCUCUGAUCUACAACUUGACGGAUCGUCUCGCCGAUGAGGAAUUCACUCUGCUGCUGCCGACGGACGAGGCCGUCACCAACCACCUCAGCGGGACAAACUCAUCGGUUCUGGACUGGGACGUGCUGCAGUACCACGUGAUUCCCAAGGAGCUGCUGUUGCCCGACCAUCUGCACGACGGCCUGCUGAAGAACACGCUGCUGGGCUCGGACCACCAGGUCCAGUUCCACCUGACCAACACCAACCAGACGGCCGUGAACGACGUUCCUCUGAACGGCAGCGUCGUGGAGACGCAGUACGGCGUCAUCUUGGUCCUGCCGCAGGUCCUGCGGGUUCGGCGCAACAGAUGCAGCCAGCCGAUCUCCCUGCUGGUCAGGGGCCGCUGCUCAGACUGCGAUGAACCUCCUCGAUGCAUGUUCAACUACAGCCCAAUCCGGGAUCGGUUUCCUGCCAACAUGAAGCCCAACUGUUUCUACCGGAAGCGGGUCGGACAGCGGAGGAAGUCGGUGCCGGGCUGCACCAUGAAAUGCCUUCGAACCUCCUCGAAUCACGCCUGCUGCCCCGGUUUCUACGGCCACGAGUGCUUCAAAUGCCCCGGAGACGACGGCAGCCCCUGCUCCAAUCACGGCCAGUGCCAGGACGGUAACCACGGCAACGGGGAGUGCCGCUGCUACGAGGGUUUCCAUGGCACCGCCUGUGAGGACUGCGAACCGGGCCGCUACGGAGUAAACUGCACCUCCAAGUGCUCAUGUGACCACGGGAAGUGUGACGACGGUCUGGCAGGAAGCGGCAGGUGUCUUUGCUACAAAGGCUGGAAAGGAGCUACCUGCUCUGCAGAGAUCAGAGAUGACGCCUGCGGCGGCGUCUGCGAUGAGAAUGCCAACUGUGUAACGGGACCGCAGGGCUCGGCUGCUGCCUGUGUUUGUGUCGCCGGUUAUGAGGGGAACGGGACGUUCUGCCAAGAGCUGGACGUGUGCAGCAGGUCAAAUGGUGGAUGCUCAGAGUUCGCCGAGUGUACGAAGGUCUCUGCUGGGGAGAGGACCUGCGCCUGCAGCAAGGGUUACACCGGAGACGGCGUCGUCUGUCUGGAAAUUGACGGCUGUCUGGUCAACAACGGAGGCUGCCACAAAGCAGCAGAGUGCAUCAGAACCGGGCCGAACACUACCGCCUGCCAGUGUCAGACUGGCUUCCAGGGGUCAGGGAGGUUCUGCUACCCGGUCAACCCCUGCAGAACUGAUAACGGCGGCUGCAGUAAAUACGCUCGCUGCGAAUACCUGGGCCUGGGCCAGAGGAACUGCACCUGUCAAAGAGGAGACAUCGGCGAUGGCUUUACCUGCAGAGGAAUCACGCGCAUUGAACUGGACCGGGACAUAAACAACCAGUUCCUUCGCAGAAUGCUGAGGCUGUCGGACAUCAGUCUCUAUGGCGGACCCUUCACCGUCUUCGUACCUGUAAAGGAAACCAACAAUGAAUCCAAAAUCAUCGAGUGGAAGAUGGCGGGCCGCCUGCCUGACCUGACCCGUUACCACGUUGUUUCCUGUGAGAUUCUGACCUUAAGUGACCUCAAAACCACCACGAGGGCCGUCUCCUUGUCAGGAUACACUCUGGAGUUCAGCCUGAAGGAGGGCUCGGUGUGGAUCAACAACCAGUCAGUGAUCGUGAAGAGCGACUACACCACGUCUAACGGAGUCAUCCACUACAUCGACCGGAUGCUGACGCCCUACAGACUGGAGGACCAGCCACCGAUUGAUUCCAAAAUGAUGAACUUCAGCACCGCAGCUGCAUUUUAUGGCUACGGACGCUUUUACAAACUCGUUGAGGAUGCAGGGCUGCUGCCGGUGCUGCAGCUGACCAUCCAUCAGCCCUUCACCGUCUUCUGGCCCAGCGAUCAGGCGCUCGACGCGCUGCCGGCGGCCAGGCAGCGCUGGCUCUCCAAUCCGGACCACCAGGACCAGCUGGCCGCCACCGUCAAGGCUCACAUCGUCCGCGCCACCAAGUUGUGGAGUGUUGGCCAGUCUGCUGACAGCAGGCCGUACCGGACCAUGCACGGAUCGACCAUCAAGUGCAGCUGCGACAAGUCGCUGGCGGGGGCCGUGAUUAUCAACGAGAACGCGGCCAGGCUGGUGCAGCGCCACCUGAGCUUCAAAGAGGGUGUGGGGUUCGGGAUCGACCAGCUGCUGGAGCCGCCGGGCCUGGGAGCGUUCUGCAACAGCAUACAGAACAAAACCUCCUACGGCCGCUGUGGGAGCUGUUUGUUCCCCCCGCCCUGCUCCAUCAGUCAUGUAGACACGGGGGAGAGGUCGCAGUGUUUUCAGUAUCUCUCCAGGUAUCACAGCCGGAUUAUUUACGACCUGGACGAUAGUUACAGCAGGGGCUGCAAGAGAGUUUGCCUGUUUCCUUCCUGGGUCCAGAAGUGCUGCAAGAACCACUAUGGCAGAGACUGUCAGGUGUGUGCAGGUGGAGUUGAAAACCCGUGCGGUGGCCAUGGAGACUGCAACGACGGCAUUUCAGGUUCAGGAACCUGCAAAUGCCAACCAGGAUUCACAGGAAAGGCCUGUGAACGUUGUCAAUCUGGUUACUACGGUGACAACUGCACAGCCUGCAGGUGCAUCAACGGGCGCUGCAUGGACGGCGUGGCCGGCAGCGGUGGGUGUAUAUGCCCUCUGAACUGGGCAGGAGAUCGCUGCCAGUACGCGCUCUCUGAUCCUAAAGGCGGGCCGUGUUCGCGGUGCCACGCCCGGGCCCGCUGCCUGUAUGGAGACCGGUGUGAGUGUGAACCCGGGUUUGAGGGCAAUGGGACGGACUGCAGUCCGGUUCAACCUCCCGACCUCUGCUCCGAAUACAACGGCGGCUGUGACGUCAACGCAGACUGCAACCAGACGGGGCUCAUCGUAAACUGCACCUGCCGCAGCGGUUACCAAGGAGACGGCUCCUCCUGCCAGCCAAUCAACAGAUGUGUUGAGCAGCAGAACGGCGGCUGCAGUGACUUCGCUUCCUGCAAGUUCACCGGACCGAACGAGCGCCAGUGUGAGUGCCUGCCAGGGUAUGUGGGUAAUGGAGUCCAGUGCCUGGAGAAGGUGAUGCCCCCAGUUGACCGCUGCCUGGAGGAGAACGGAGGCUGCGACCCAGUGGCCACUUGCAAGGACCUUCAUUACCAUGCCAACACAGCCGGAGUCUUCCACCUGCGCUCCCCAGAGGGGAAGUACAAGAUGAACUUCAGCCAGGCGGACGCCGCCUGCCAGGCUGAGGACGCCACGCUGGCCACGUUUCAGCAGCUGGGGGACGCUCAGCAGCUCGGGAUGCAUCUGUGUGUCGCCGGCUGGAUGGCAGGAGGCAGGGUGGGCUACCCGACUCGCUUUCCGUCUGACAAAUGUGGCGACAACCACGUGGGCCUGGUGAUGUACAGAGACCCGGUGGACCAGAGCAGCGAGUACGACGCCUACUGCUACCGGCUCAGAGAGGUGUCCUGCUCGUGUCCUGACGGCUACGUUGGAGACGGGGACUUCUGCAACGGGGUCCUGACCAGCGUCCUGGCAGCAACCAGCAACUUCUCCAUCUUCUACCGGCUGCUGUUGGACUACGGCGGCUCGUCCUCUGAGGGCCGGCAGCUCCUCGAAAUUUUGGCUCACAGGAAGUCUGACGUCACGCUGUUUGUUCCCCAUAACUCUGGAUUCACUCAGAACCAGUCUCUUUCUGGGAGAGAUCUGGAAUAUCACACCUCAGCCAAUCACAGCAGACGACCAUUUAAGGAUCUGAAGCACCAGGAACGCAUCGCAUCGCGGCUCGGGUUCAACCUGACCGUUACCUAUGGCAACAAUGAGAGCUGUAAGCUGGUGGACCAGCGGCUGCUGCUGCUGUGGGACAUUCCGGCCGUCAACGGGAUCAUCCACGUCCUGGAGGCGCCGCUGACGGCCCCCGCCCCCCUGGUGAUCCACAGCAGCUCCGUAGGCCACGCCCACUCCAGCGGCAGGGUGGCGGCCAUCUUGGUUACAUUGCUGGCGUGUGCGUUGGCGGCUCUGGGGUUCUACCUGUUCAGAAAUAAGAUGGACGCCUUCAACUUCCACUACUUCAAGAACGAGGAUGAGGACACUCCGACCCGGCCCACGCUGUUCUCCAUCCCCAACCCGCUCUACAGCGGCUCCAGGGCUGUCGCCGAACCGUUCCAGGAGGUGAGUGCAGCACCAGAACCAGCAGAACCGCCAAACAUUCUGGACUUGGACCAGUAAAACCAGUUCUGCCUUCCUGGAAGUGACCCAUUCACAUUGUUUUCCAGAUGUUUGCAUUAGUUUGGUUUUUUACCCGACAACAAGCGACUCCAGCAGCUACAGGAAGCUGAUUGAUCCAGAUUUAUCAUUACUAUGAAUGAUCUGAUUCUGAUUAAAAGGAAAUUAAAAUCAAUACUUUCUCUAAUUCUGCAACCAAAACUCUCUGGUUCUCUGUCUGGUUCUGCUCGUCUCUCAGAUCUGUUCUUUUGGACCCAGAAAGAAAAUAAAGUUGAUUAACAGGCGACUUC